AUGUUCGGACACUCAGCUGGCGGGCUCGUCAACGACGACGGCUCCCCCGGUUUCGCAAUGCCCGCGCUCGCCGGCGACGUCGUCGAGUUCGACCCGACAAAGGAUGAAGCGCCGGUGGCGGAGGAGGAGGUCCCGCAAGGUCCGCCCGGCAGCGUGCUCGAGGUGAAGUAUCUGCAUGAGAUCCAUGACUCCUUCAAGAAUCAGUGGAUCAUCAAGCCCGCUCCGGCGCCGACGGAGGAAGACAAAGCAACGAAGAACGACGGCGCCAAGUACUCCGUGUUCGCGUUCACGGUCAUCCGGAAGUUCAACUACAGCCAGGACGGGAAGGCGAACACCUUCAAUGUCACCACCUCUCUGCAGAUCAAUAGCCCGGAACUCGUCAAGGUCGGGAAGGAGGUACUAGGCGAUGUGCAGGGCAUCUCCUGGACUGCCAAACCGCUCCGCAUUGAUCCGCAGACACUGUUGUCCUGGUACCCGGAGCUACAGGCGCGCGCAGACGAGCUCGCCGCCCAAGUCAAAGACGAACCCGAGGAGUCGGCACUCCGCCUCACGCACGAGCACCUCAACCACCUGCUCACAUACCUCAAAGAGACCUAUGGCAAUACGCUAGACACGCUUUCCUCGCUCCUGGAACAUGGUCAGAUCACGUUCGAGCUGCUCUGGUCGCUCUUUGUCCCGGGCAAGACGACACUCUAUGCGCUUUGCCCCAUCACCUCGGAGCCUCGCGCGCUGCGCCUCGUCCAUGCUGAGCUCUGCCAAAAGGCAGACUCGCAGGCACCGGUAUCCGCAGCGUACGACCCUACCGGCCUGCUAACGUCGAAGAACUCGCAGGAGCAGCAGAUGCAGUUCUUCUGGCGUCUCGUUGUCGAGUACGUCGAGGUCGACAUCCAGGCCCACGGGGACAGUGCAGGCGACAUUGGGAGCAGCUCGUCGGCGCAGCCCAAGAAGGACGUGUGCCCGACGUUCGGGUACGCGGGGCUGGGAAGAGUCAUAGACGUGCCGCGCUUCAAGGGCGCAAAGAAGAUCUCGAGCCUUGUCGCGUACCCUAUCCAAUACUACCCGGGGCUCGGGGGUGUUGACGGCCUGAAGGAGCGCCUCAUCAAGCGCGGGAAGAAGUGGACCGAGUUCGCAGGCGGGAUGCACCACGUUGCGUACCGUGGGCUCGCGUUCAAGUUCAAAGAGACUUCGCACAUCAAAUUUAGCGUUAACUCUCGGAUCAUGAUAGACCGAAAGACGUUCGCGGACACGGUGCCCAACUACCCGAUGCUGCCCCGUGUGUCGAAGACACUGUCCGGGCAAGACAUCGAUAGGCACGCACGGCGCGCAGCUGCGGCAACGUCGAGCGCGGACCCGGAUGCCCGCGAGCUGACUGAUGAGGAGCUCAUCCUCACGUCGCCGAUCGUGUACGGCUUCGGAUUCGCAGACAAGCAGUGGCUGGAGUUUAUUGUGGAGCGGGUCGAACGCUUCGAGUGGAACGACGAGGCGUUCGAGCAGCUCGUCAUCCCGCCCGCGCACAAGACGGUGCUCAAGACGCUGGUCGAGUCGCAGAACGCGGGCGCGUCGGCCAAGUUCGACGACUUCGUGUCCGGGAAGGGCCACGGGCUCGUCAUCAACCUCUUCGGCAACCCAGGGACAGGCAAGAGCCUGACGGCAGAAGCGAUGAGCGAAUACGUGCGAAAGCCCUUGUAUGUUGUGGGAGCAGCGGACCUCGGCACCCAUGCUGAGGCCCUGGACCAGAACCUCACCUCCAUCCUGAAGGUGGCUGCGGUCUGGGGUGCCGUCGUGCUCAUCGACGAGGCAGAUGUGUUCCUGGAGGAGCGCACUCUUGCGCACCUCGAGCGCAACGCUAUGGUCGCGGUCUUCCUCCGCCAACUAGAGUACUUCCGUGGAAUCCUGUUCUUGACCACGAACCGCGUCCGCGUCUUUGACGAGGCAUUCCAGUCCCGCAUCCACGUCUCCUUGCGCUACCAGGAUCUGUCGCCUGAUGCCAAGCGUCAUAUCUGGCUCGCAUUCCUCAAAAAGGUCAACGGCGACGUGCCUUACGGCGGCAUAACGCAGGAGCAGCUGCGCUCCCUGGGCGAGAAGAAAGUCAAUGGAAGGCAGAUAAAGAACAUCGUCAAAACGGCGGGCGCGCUCGCGAUUGGACGGCAGCAGCCGCUCACGUUCGCACACUUGGAGCAGGUCCUGGACCUUAUGGAACAGUUCGAUACAGCGCAUAUCAUGUACCAAUAG